CGUAACUUGAAACCACUCGGACUGUUUUUUGCCAACUAUUUCUCACCAAUCACUCCUAACGAUCCAAUCAAUAUUUUUGCAUAAUCAGCGCUCUCACUCAUUGCGUCAUUUUGCCAUGGAAACAUGCAUUAGGUUGUCAAAGAUGGCGGACUGAAACUAACACUUGAAAGGAACAAUAUUUAGACAUUUUUUAAAGAAAUGUCUUCUUUCGCGAAUUCGAAUGGUUUGGUUGACGAGUUUGAUGAAAGGAGGCGUUCCUUGUCGUCCUCUAAAGGAAAAAUGGAUUCUAUCGAUUGCAUCAACCAAACGAUAAGAGACCUUGGCACAGAGUUGACGUCGUUUUAUCCUAAAAAUGAGCUUGUAAUAGAAAGUUACGGUGAAAUAAGAUCAAAUGUUAGUAGUAAAAGCGAAAAAAAUUUUAGUUAUGGACACUUAGAAAUUGAUUAUCGAGCUCCGAAGCAAGUUUCACGAAAAUCAGCCAUCUCGACGCGAGAAAAGAAAAGUCGAGAUGUGAAUAAGUUUGCUGGUGUUUACUCCAUGAGAACAGUCAUGGGAAAGAACACAAACCCUUUUAAUGCUCAUGGUGGAACAAUUAAUCCGACAAAGAAGUUACUUAGCAAGAUUCAACAAGAUGAAACUAAAGUUUCAAAAAGACCUUUACUUGUCGAGUUACACACAUUUCCUGGCUUCAACAAAACAAAAUUAACACCUUUGCCUGUGUCACUUUCAAUGGAACAUAUCUUGAAUAUUGUGACUAACGCUCAAAGUGAUCUUGUGAAAAAACCUGGAUUUCGUAAAGAGUUCAAGAAAUUGUUUUUAAGUCGUCCGUCAAUGGCUCUUGUACAGGAUUUGUUUUGGUGGUUGUUUCUUGAAAAGUAUCAGAGCUGUCCUGAAAUCCAAAGUCAAAUAUUUAACCGCGUUGCCAGUAACUAUGUUGAGUUAAUCAUUAAUGGCUUAUCAAACCACCAUUAUCGUGACACAUUUCUGAAGCGAUAUCCAUCACUCGUGUCCCAGGCCGUUUACACAAUAUUUUGUCGUGCGUUUCCGACCUCCUACCGACAAUUUGACGACCGUUUCAAGCAAGAUCUUGCUGAUAUUGUGCAUCAAUGGAUUGUUGGUACGCGACCCACUAAACGUUGCUGGGAACGAUGGCCGCUGACCUUACUUGAGCCGGAAGGAAUGAACAUAGAGGAAGAAAUUCAUAAGAAUGUACCAAAUGAGUUUAAAUUGAGUUCUUUUGAAGCGGAGAGUGAACUAAGGUUGACCGAGGGUAGAACUCAAUCAUUUAAACGCUUUGCCAAAGAAAUAAAAACCGUGAACAGUGAAGAUCCUUUCUUGAGAAAGAAAACAUCGCUUAGGAAAGUCCAGGAUGAGGAUGACGUCAUUACGGAAGUUCUACUCAAAAAACCAUCCGUCAAAAUAUCAUGUGUUAAACAGGAUUCUAGGAGAUCUUUUAGCGGCAAUGACAAAGAUCCUUCGAAGACUAACUUGACCAUUUCAAACUCAUUACAAUCCACGAAAACAAGCCGCUCUUCCCUUUCGGGAUAUAAUGGGAGAAAUGAGUCAUGUCACGCUGGUAGAGGUCCGGACUUUCAAAAGGUUGUCUUUGAUGUUUACGGACAAAGUCCUUUAGUGAGGCAUUUUCUUGAAAAGAAAAAUCUUGCAAGGGAUUCCGGGACUUCAAUUCUCGUUCAACGUACGGAAAUCAAAAAUCUACCACCUGUUGAUGGUCCAACUUAUCGCGAUAUAAUCAACGAUUCCUUACGGUCGUCACAAGAAACGGAAAAACAAAUCCAAAGUCUUCUUGAUGAAAUGUCAAACAAAAGAAUGAAAUUCAUUCGACGGCAAAAACAUGAACGGGACGAAUUUCAAAAGAAAGAAAAUCAAGUUUUAUCUCGUCAUAAAGAUGUGAAGAAAAUAAGCGAUUUAAUUGUAUUGAGACUUUCGAAAACACAAAACAAAGAGGACGAACAAAAGAUUGCUGCAUCUAUUGACAAAGCUUUAAAAUUAGACAGCGAAUUGUAAACUAAAUGCUACACAACUUUUUAUUUUGUUCAUGGUCCUAAAACUUCAACAAACUGUUUUUAACAAUAUUGUUGGCAUGCUUACUUCUGGAACCAUUGAAGUUUAUGUGUUGUUUAAAUUAGAGAAUUUACGAUCACUGGUUUCCAUUUAAUCAACGGCUUUCUUCCUGAAAACAUGUCGUUGUUCCUUGUGUAUCAUUUAAACCAAAUGUUUAUUGAUUAUUUUUAAUGCUACCCCAAGGCAUGAUGUCAGUAUUAAACGCCUUUCCAAUA